CGAAAAGAUGAUGAAAUAACCCCCUUAGAAAUCCACUGUGCGGAUCCGAAGUACAUUGAACGCAUCAUGUCACGCAUGCGCAGUGUCAAGAAAAGGACCGGUGACCUGGGUCAAGGGGUGUAGUGUUGAAAUUAGUUGCCCCGUCGAGAAGCCUGUAUGUAUUAGAGGUGUGAGUAAGUUCUCAAGGUUUAUUCGAUAACUAACGCUGACUCGUGAGGGCUCAGACAGGAAGAGCACGUGACUUCAGCAGAACUUUUAUUUUGUUCAACUUUUAUCCCGUGAACGUCUCAGGCAUCAUAUGAGAGCGCUUAUGGGAUUUCCAGCACUGCUUCUACUGCAAACGGGUCGGUGGAUCAUCACAGGACUUGGGAUUCUUUCAUUAUCAAGUGUUAGCACUUUGCACAUUUAGGAUAUUGGUGAAGAUGAGUGCCGGUGGAGAGGAAGAGGAGGAUCCGGGGUCAAGCAACAUCUCUCUGUAUAGUUAUCAUUCUAAAGAAAGUCCUCUAACCUUUAAUGAUAAACCUGGAUUGGGAGGCAUGGAUGUUACCAAAGUCCAGGUGGAAGUCUGUGGACAGGAUGAGUGCAGACCAGAAUCAUCGUCACCCAGCUGUCUCUCUCAAAAGAGUGACCAGUCCAAAGAAAUUCCACUUGCCUUCAACAAAAACCUGGACUCUUUCAACAGAAAAGAGGGGACAAGGACCUGCUGUACUUUGUGUCAGACUGUCCCAACUGAUCCGGUCUGUCUGAGCUGUGGACACAGCUUCUGCAGCCGGUGUGUUGCAUCUCACUGCGACCAGUUGACACGAGACUCUUCUUGUCUCAGCUGUGGAAAAAGAUCCAAGAGAACGAACCCACAGGCUGAACGUCUCCGGGACGUUUUGGACAGUCACAAGGCCACACUGAAGAAACAAUGUGAAUUUGCAAUUGAAGGAAUAGCUGAAGAAGGACAUCGGAAUCGCUUGAAUAAAGUCUACACCGAGCUUUACAUCACAGAGGGCCAGUGUGAAAGUGUUAACGUUCAACACGAAGUCUGGCAUCUUGAGACAAUGUCCAAAAUGGAAACCCUCCAUGAGACUCCAGUUAAGUGCUGUGACAUAUUUAAGGUUUUACCUGAUCAACGGAGGGUGGUAAAAACGGUUCUGACCAAUGGCAUCGCUGGCAUCGGAAAAACCUUCUCAGUACAGAAGUUUGCCCUAGAUUGGGCAGAAGACCAGGAAAACCAAGAUAUCAGUCUUGUUGUUGUGCUCUCGUUCCGUGAGCUGAACUUGAUCAGCCGUGAGAAGUACAGUCUUCUAAAGCUGCUCUCUGAUUUCCACCCAGACCUUCACAGGAUGACUGCUGAAAUGCUCUCUCGCUGUAAGGUCUUGUUCAUCUUUGAUGGCCUAGAUGAAAGCAGACUCUUUCUGGAUUUCCAGGAGAACGAGGUUGUGUCUGAUGUCACUCACACAUCAACGAUCAACAUGUUGUUGGUAAACCUCAUCAAGGGGAACCUGCUCCCUUCAGCCCUCCUUUGGAUAACCUCCAGACCUGCAGCAGCCAGUCAGCUUCCAUCAGCGUUUAUUGAUCGGCUGACUGAAGUGCGAGGGUUCACAGACAGUCAGAAGGAAGAGUACUUUAGGAGGAGGCUCCAUCAGGAGACUCCGUCAGACGGCGUUAUCUCACACAUCAAGACAUCCAGGAGCCUCUACAUUAUGUGUCACAUCCCUGUUUUCUGUUGGAUCACAGCUACGGUUCUGGAGCAGAUGUUCACCACAGACCUGCACGAGCUUCCAACGACUCUGACUGAGAUGUAUGCACACUUUCUCAUGGUUCAGACAAAGAGAAAUGCUCAGAAGUAUGAGAAGGGCUCUAAGCUGGAGCGUCUGGAGAAAGACAAGGAAGUCAUUCUAAAACUAGGGAGACUUGCUUUUGAACAUCUGGAAAAAGGGAACAUCAUGUUCUAUCAAGACGAUUUGGAGAAAUGUGGUCUUGAUGUCACAGAGGCUUCAGUUUUGUCUGGACUGUGCACAAAAAUCUUCAAAAGGGAGCAUGUACUGUUCCAGAAAACGAUUUACUGCUUUAUUCAUUUAAGCAUCCAAGAGUUUGUCGCGGCCGUCUACCUGAUCCACUGUUACUUAAACAAGAACACGGAAGUUCUGAUCAAGUUCUUGGGAGAUGAUGGGAUUCAAACUCUAGAGCUGGAGAGCUUCCUUAGCAGAGUUGUGGACAAAUCUGUCAACAGUGGAAAUGGCCACCUGGACCUCUUUGUUCGCUUCCUUCAUGGACUUAUCCUGGAGUCCAACAACCAUCUUCUGGGUGAUCUGCUGGGCUGGGCAGCAAGUAGUCCAGAAAGCAUCCAGAGAGCAAUAACCAACCUAAAGAAGAUGAAUGCUUACGACAUCUCACCUGACAGAAGCAUCAACAUCUUCCACUGUCUAAUGGAGAUGAAUGACCACUCCGUGCACCAAGAGAUCCAGGAGUACCUGCAACUGGAGAAUCGAGAGCAGAAGAAGCUCACCAAGACUCACUGCUCUGCUCUGGCCUACAUGCUGCAAAUGUCAGAAAAGGUGAUUGACGAGUUGGACCUGAAGAAGUACAAUGCAUCGGGGGACGGAAGACGCAGGUUACUGCCAGCUGUCAGAAACUGCUUAAAAGCCCGCCUGUCCUGCUGUGGACUCUCUGAGUCCCAUUGCAAAGUCAUUUCCUCUGCUCUGAUGGCCAACCCCUCCCACCUGCGAGAGCUGGAUCUGAGUGGAAAUGACUACCUGUUGGAUUCAGGUGUUCAGCUGCUGACUGUUGGGCUGCAGAGUUCAACCUGCAGACUGGAGAUACUGAGCCUGAAGAAUUGCAGUUUGUCAGAAGGUUGUUGUGGACCUCUGGCUUCAGCACUGCUGUCCGCUUCUUGCUGUUUGAAAGAGCUGGAUCUGAGUAACAACAACUAUAUUCAGGAUUCUGGAGUGAAGCAGCUGUCUGUUGGACUGGAGAGUCCCCACUGCAGACUGGAGACCCUCAGAUUAAGCUGCUGCAGGCUGACGGAGAGCUGCUGCUCGUGCCUGGCCUCGUCUAUUGAGGCUAACCCCUCACACGUGAGAGUUUUAGACCUGAGUAACAACAAGCUGAAGGAUCUGGGUGUAAAUCUGCUCGUAGCUGCACUGAGGAGGCCACAGUGUAAACUCAAGACCUGGAGACUUAACAGAUGUGGGCUGACAGAAAACUGCUGCGCUUCUUUAGCUUCACUUUUAAAAUGUGAAACGAGCAGCCUGAGCGAGCUGGAGCUGAGCGACAACGACCUGCAGGAUCCCGGAGUGAACCUGCUGUGUGAGGGACUGGAGAGUCCACACUGUGGACUGGAAACUCUGAGACUGAGGGGCUGCUGGUUGUCGGAGAGCUGCUGUGCUCCUCUGGCUUCAGCUUUAAGGUCAUCUUCCUCCAGGCUGAAAGAGCUCGAUUUGAGUGAAAACGGCCUGCAGGAUACAGGAGUGAAGCUGCUCUCAGGUGGAUUAGAAAGUUCUCGCUGUAGACUAGAUACUCUGAGGUUGGUUUGCUGUCAGGUCACAGACGAAGGCUGUGUUCCUCUAGCAUCGGCUCUGAAGUCCAACGCCAUCCUGAGAGAGCUGGAUCUGAGUAAGAACAACAUCCAGGAACAAGGAGCAAAGCUGCUGACUGACGUUCAGGAGAGUCGUCAUAAACUGGAUCCUCUCAGUGUGGAAGGCAGACUUUUGCAUCUGAUCACAUGAUGCUGACUCGGAUGUCGCCAUGGCUGCUACCAAAUAACUCACUCCAAACCAACUGUAUGCAUCAUAGCUAUUCAUGUAUUUAUUAAUGAACUAUAAAGGGACAGGGUUCUCUAGAAACAUUUGUAAAUUAUUCAAAAAAUGUAAAAAACAUGAUUUUAAAUUGUCACUUUAUUCUUUGCAAUAAC